GGUUGGUAAUAAUAAUAGUAAUUUAGCAAUUCAAUCAACUAAGGAUCCAACCAAUGGGAAAUUUAAUGAUGUAAAUAUUAUUAAAUUCAAACCAAUGCCGUGGGUAGAAAAAAAUACAAUUUUAAUGGUUGAAGCAGGAAUGCAAAGGUUACGAUUUGAUUUAUUAGGAAGUCAUUCUGCUGAUGAUAAUAAUAUUAUUAUUAACUCUAAAAUUAAUAAUAAUUUUAAUAAUAAUUUUAACGAUAAUAAUUUUAACAAUUUUAACGAUAACAAUAAUUUUAACAAUUUUAAUAAUAAUGUUAAUAAUGAUAAUUAUUCCUUUUCGAAUAAUGUCGAGAAAAAUGUCGUCGUUGAAAAGAAGAAUUCGUCUAUUGUUUAUCCAAAUUCACAGCCACAUACCAUUAAUUUCAUCAAUAAUGAUGAUGAUGCGCCAUUCGCCGAAACUUCCGAAAUCACCGAAAUUACAACUGAAAUUGAAAUUGAAACCACCACCACCGAGAAGUUAUUCUACAUUACAUGCGUAUUUCUUACCGAAAGAAGAGCCACUGUUUUUCCCCGAGAAGGUUCAUUCAUUCAAUUCAUUGAAUAUAUUCAAAAACGGUUUGGGUUACCACAAUUACAACAAUGUCAUAACUUAUCAUAUAAAAAUAAAGUUAACGAUAUAAUUUCUCUUAAAGAUGAAGAAGAUUGGAAUGUUGCAAAAUGGGAAAUUGAGAUGGAAGGAACUAUUAGAUUAGAUGUAUUUGUUGAAUGA